AUGCCGGAGGGAGGCACGGAGCCUGCUGCCGGGGCCGCCGAUCCCGGUUCCACCGCCCAGGACCCGGCGACCCAAGGAGGAGCUCCGCCGAAGCCCACCGCGUCGGGGGUCGCACCUUCCCGGCCCCGCCGGCGGCCGCUGCCCCAGCGCCAGCACCACUGCCCCGACUGUGACAAGGCCUUCUCCUACCCCUCCAAGCUGGCCACGCACCAGUUGGCGCAUGGCGGUGCCCACCCGCACCCCUGCUCACACUGCCCCAAGGCCUUCCGCCACCGCUCCAAGCUGGCUGACCUCUGGACCCACGCCCCCUCACGUCCCUACCCGUGCCCCGACUGCUCCAAGUCCUUCUGUUACCCCUCCAAGCUGGCAGCCCACCGCCACAUGCACCACGCCACAGACGCCCGCCCCUACCCCUGCCCGCACUGUCCCAAAGCCUUCUCCUUUCCCUCCAAGCUGGCCGCCCACCGCCUUUGCCACGACCAUCCUGCGGCGCCGGGCGGCCAGGCCUCAGGCCGCCAUCGGUGCUCCAGCUGUGACCAGGCUUUCGGCCAGAGACGCCUGCUGCUCCUCCACCAGCGCGGCCACCACCAGGCCGAGGGCCAGGGCGAGGCUGUUGGCCAACGCCGGCCUUGGGUUGGUGAGAAAUACCAACAGGCUCCCUCAACUUAA